UUCGAUCGGUUUGUUAUCAUUUUUUUCCUCGUCGUCGAUGUAAAAUUAAAAAAAAAAUAUUUAUUUACAUCCCGAAAAAAAUAAUCUAUAAAAACGUGAAAAAAUGAAGAUUUCUUUAAAACUCGUCGCCAUCGUCUCUCUUUUCACGUAUUUCUCGGGAGUCUCAAGCACAAACAUCAAAGAAUCAAUUUUCGACCUCAGCGUCGAAUGGCAACGACACUUGCGACAACACAACGAAAUCGAAGCUCAUGAAAAUUUUCUCUCCUCGCCCCUCGGAAUUUCCGUGCUGCUUGCUGAAAUUCGGAUUUUUGCCAAUUCGCAGCUGAAAGAUGCCAUUAACACACUCCUCAAUUGGGGCAAAGGUAACAGAGUUCACUUGGAAUUCCGACGAGAACUUGAUAAGCUGGCAGUACGUGAAGACGAAGUUUUUAAGCUGAAGUGUCAAAAUGCGAUUUUUCUGCCGAAGGAAGUGAAUGUGAGCGAAAUUGCGGAAGAUUUGCUGAAAGAUCAUUACAAAUCGGAUAUCGUCAAAUUGGAUUGGAGAAAUCGUUCCAUCGCCCAACAAACUGUCGAUGCAUGGGUCAGCCAAAGCACAAACAAACUAAUUCAACAAUUACCUUUACCUCAAAACGCUGAAAUGCUUUUAGCCAACACAAUUUACUUUGAAGCAGAAUGGCUUGAUCCUCUCGAUGCUCGAAUGACGGCAAAUCUCCCGUUCAACGUGUCUCCGAACAAAACUGUCAACGUCGAUUACAUGCGUUUCUCCGAAGAUCUCUUCUUCGCCGAAGACACUUAUUACUUAAAGUGCAAAGUCAUCGCUAAACCUUACAAAACGCACAAUUCCUCCGACGAAAGUCGCGUCAACAUGUACUUCAUCCUCCCUGACGAAGGCAACGACAUCGAAAACUUAAUUUCGCUCAUCAGUAAUUUGAAUUUCAAUCAAAUGCUGCAAUUUGGCGAUUACAAAAAAGUCACUUACCAAAUCCCGAAAGUCAGUUUAAAGAGCAAAUUCAAGUUUAAGCCGUUCCUGAGCGAAUUUUACGGCAAAGAGCUGAAUUACGAAGUGCAAGGAUUGACAUUGGGCGACAAAAAGUUGAAUAUUGAUGAUAUUUCGCAGGAAACGGUGCUCGAAGUUGAUGAAAAAGGCACCCGAGCUGCUUCCGUGUCGUCGGCUACGAUCGAUUAUAAUUCCGCUGACAAGACUUUUAAAAUCGACAGACCUUAUAUCAUGUUGCUGCGAGACGAAGACACGAAAUUUGUGCUUUUUUGGGCGACAAUUCGGGAUCCGACGUUGCAUUAAAGCCCAUUUUUGAUGGUUUUGACGUAUUUUUAGUCAAUUAUUUCGAAUAAAAGACAGAAAUUUUUUAUUUACUUUGAA